CGUAAAAGUUUUACUGUAUUUAAGGAUAUACAUAUUAGAUCAGCUACAUUUUUUAAGCAGAAAUGUUGCUGCCCAAACUGAGGAGGGCGACAGUACACCAUCGCACGAAGAAGAAAAAGUAGACGAAGAAGAAGUUCGCUUAUAAUGGGUAUUUCCUGUUCCAAAGUCCGCCUAAUAACAGUGAAUAGUGGCAAUGUUUUUCAGGAGCGUUAUGUGUCUGUGUUUAUUUGUUGUACCGCGUUGUGAGAGUGAUUGAGCUGCAGACAGACAGACAGACAGGCAGACAGACAUGCAGCCGUCUGUGGAGUCUCUGGUCCGACUUCUGGAGUCAUACAGAGGAAGAGAUAAAGUUAUCCGAACCGCCUGUUAUGGCUCGCAGCUUGUUGGAGGAGUACUGUCCCAGAAGGCAGAAAUGGACGUUUCAUCCCACCGGCUGGGGAAACGUCUGCUGCUGUUUUCUGCUCAGCUCAGCCACUGCCGGACGGUGCUGAGGCUGUUUGAUGAUCUGUCCAUGUUGGCGUACUCUCAGAGCUACGGGUUUGGAGGCAGGGAGGAGGAUGCAGGCGUGCGCUUGCUAUCGGUGCUGACCAACGUGGCCGACCAGAUCUACUACCCCUGUGAACACAUCGCGUGGGCUGCUGAUGCUAAGCUCAUCAAAACGAAGUCUGAUAAUUGGUGGUUGUUCAGCACGGUGCUGUGGGGAACCUCGCUGCUGCUGGGAAUACUCAGAUCACUCCGAGUUUUGCUGCUACUGAAGAAGAGGUUGAAGAAAUGUGAGAGGGAUGGAGGUGGCAACAGCAGUCGCUCUCAGCUUCGCAGACAGAUGCGAGGGGAGGUUCUCUCCAUCCUCAGCAGCACGGUUGACCUCAGUAAUGCCAUUCAUUGGAUGCCGCCCGGCUUCCUGUGGGCAGGACGAUUCCCCAACUGGCUGGUGGGGCUGAUGGGCACCAUCUCGUCUCUGAUUGGUUUUAUCCAGAUGAACGCCGGAGACAGCGACAAGACAGACAGUACAUAGUGUUCAUCUCACAGUGAAGAAAAGAUGACUGGAUGAAUGAUGUGUACUGGUGGAAAAUUCUGAGUGGAAGGAAGUGUAGCCGAUCUCUAAUGUGAUCAGACUCUAGUCAGACUGCCUCUGGAGAUUCAGUUCUACCUUGUAACAACUAAAAUGUCUUAAGAACAUAUGAAAUCAUCUGGAUCUAUAACUGGAUGAGAAAGUGAAUAAUCUAAGUAGACUUGAUGCCAAUCAUCCAAGUGAUUCAAAAACAUCUUUAAUUCCAUUAGAUUAAAAGAAACAAAAGUGUGUGUGUGUGUAUGUAUGUAUGUAUGUGUAUGU